AAGGAAAAAGUGCCCACGAAUUCCCACUUCUGGUCGCAGAUUUUGCGCGACGACGUUUCCCAAGAAAUCAUCAGCCAGGGCAUCAAGGUCUUCACGUUUUUCGCAGCGAGUAUUCCAGACGCCACCUGGGCCAGAUUCUACAUAAGAAAUUUUACGAAUUUGAUCAUGCCGGACCUGUACAUCGCUCUGGGCCACUACUCGCGAGGGGACAACAGUUUACGCACCUGUCGCGUCGUGGCGCCGACACAGCUGCGGAGGCCUCGGGGAGCCGAAGACAGCUACCAGUACGACAUGACGACUGCAGCAGAGAGCAUCGUCAGGCUGUCGGGUCUGAAGCUCAAGUCUGCACUGUCGGUGACAUUGAGCGGGCAUUUAGCGGUACUCACGGACCCGAAAAACCGUGGUUUCCUGGCGCCCUGCAUGACCAAUAACAGCGUCGAUUCGUUCGCCAGCUACGCUGAGGUGUGCAAGAGCCCGAACUACACGUCACCAGCGACGUACGACCCUUCUGUGGACGCAGCACAAUUUCGCCACGCCAUUGAGCCGAUCGUUUUCUCGUACGACGACCGAAAAGGACUCAAUAAAAAGCUGUGCGCAAUAAAGGAGGAGCAUACCAUCACCAAGUUCGGCAUCGCCGUCUUCGACGUCGACUACGCGGACUUCUCCAACGUCUGCAAGUCGAGAGGCGGGCCUUUCGCGAGACUGCGCCUGGUACGCAGUGUGCUGAACUUCUUCAGGACGAGGUACAGGGGCAGCGUAGACUUUAAAGACUGCACGGAACUAUAUCAAGAUAUCGCAGGACGAUGAAAGUAUAGCACACUUAUGACAACCUCGAACUUCGUUCUUCUAAAGGGAAAAAAAAUGACAAUAAACGUUU